AUGAUCGAGCUAGAGCCUAAAAAUCAGGCGUUGGAUCAGAGGCCAUCUGGUAGUGAACGCCUAUUUUCUGGUAGCAGGAUAUUACUUAUUGAAGCUGCACCUUACAUGAAGCUUACUGGCCAGCUGUCAGAAACAUACGGAAACAGGGUCUGUGCACUUACCCCUGGAACCAAGGAGCUUCUGGAAUCAUUCGGAGCAUGGGAAACGAUAUGCAGCAUGCGCAAGCAAACUGUGAGGAGAAUGCAGGUGAGUGUUCAUGCACAAGCAAACUGUGAGGAGAAUGCAGUGAUGGAGGGAGAUCAGACUAGACUUGUGGUCGGAGCAGAUGGGAUCAAUUCUCUGCUCAGAAAGACGAUGGAAGUGAAGAAUAUUGAGUGGAACUACGACCAGAUGGGAGUUGUUGCAACCCUCAUCUUCUCAGAGCCAACAGAGAACAAUGUUGCCUGGCAGUUCCUUCCCACUGGUCCAGUCGCUAUUCUGCCACUGACAGAUACGAUGAGCUCAUUGAUAUGGACAACAACGACCGACCGAGCGAAGGAACUGCUGGACAUGACAGAGGAAACAUUUGUUGACUCCUUGAAUACCGCCUUGAACGUAGAAUGCAAAACGAACCAAAAACACAAAUACACAGCCAUGUCGGUUUUAGGGGAUCUGGCCCACCUCAUGGAUUAUGAGUCUGAGCGUCAGCUUCGGGUGUUGCCUGUCAUGGCGACAGUCGAUGGACUGAACAGACUGUACGGCACGUCGCUUGCUCCUGCUGUGAUGCUGCGCAGCCUGGGGCUGCAGGCCACCAAUGCCCUCAAACCACUCAAGGAUUUCAUCGUAUCACAGGGAUCGAAGUACAUGGAUGCUGCACACAGAGUUCAUCCACUGGCAGGACAGGGAGUAAAUCUUGGCUUCGGAGAUGUUGCCUGCCUGCGUGAAAACCUAAUCAGUGCCAAGAACAGUGGCUGUGACAUUGGGGAUCUGGCACACCUCAUGGAUUAUGAGUCUGAGCGUCAGCUUCGGGUGUUGCCUGUCAUGGCGACAGUCGAUGGACUGAACAGGCUGUACGGCACGUCGCUUGCUCCUGCUGUGAUGCUGCGCAGCCUGGGGCUGCAGGCCACCAAUGCCCUCAAACCACUCAAGGAUUUCAUCGUAUCACAGGGAUCGAAGGCAAUUUGAUUCAAUCUUCGUUGUGAGAGUAUGAGCUGGGCUGGUUCAUCAUCACGUCCUCACACAACAGUUUUCUACAGUCCCUUCUAUAUGGUUACUCACUAACUUAUCCAUGAGUAUUGUUAAUGUCAUGAGGUGAGAAAGAAUACUGACAAUAAGUUAAAAACUAUAAUGUUAUGUUCUCACAUGCAUCUUAUGUGAGUUUUCCUCUAAUGUAUGUAAACUGUCUGUAUAGUCACUGCGGUGAGCAGUGUAAUAUGAAAGUCGCCUAGUCAUGAGUAUGCUUCAAUAAUAUGAGGCCAUGUGAUGCGUAAUUGUUAUGAGAGCUGGGUAAGAUGACAUGGUAAUUCAGUUUAGUGCAGAUCAGUUCAGUUCUUCAUAUGAGCACACAAAACUAGUAUGAAUGGUAUGAGGGUAUAAAAUUGAAAUCGUGUUGAAUGUUACAACGUAAAAAUAGCGACAUUUGUUACUCUUGCAGUACAUGUAUGUGUGUAUUCAAAUAUAUUAUUAGCUCACCUUGACAUCGGCAAGCUGAGCUAUUGCCAUGAGU